AUGGCGUUCGCCUUGCAGAGGACCCUCUUGCGGGGAUUACUCAGCGUUGUAGCUGCCGUCUCUCUUCUGAUGCCAUGCCCUGCUGCUGCUCGUGCUGAUGAGCAACCGCCAUCAUCGCAUCAUGAGAACACCACCAUGACUGACAUUUUCCGAAAUCAAGCACUUCUCCGCAACAGUGUCAUGGACUAUAAGGUUGACACCCGAGCCAGCUCUGGUGAUAAUGGCGGAGGAGGUGGGGGUGGCGGUAAUGGAGGUUUUGGAUGGGGGUGGGGUCGUGGUGGUGGCGGUGGGGGAGGAGGAGGUGGGGGUGGUAACGGCGGCGGCGGCGGAGGUGGCGGCAAUGAUGGAGGCGGCGGCGGCGGCGGGAAGGGUAGUGGUGGUGGUAGUGGCAGAGGCAGAGGCGGUAGCGGCAGCAGCAUUGGUGGCGGAGGUGGUGGCGGCGGAAGCGGAAGCGGAAGCGGAAGCCGUGGUGGUAGUGGAAGCGGCGGCGGCGGCGGGAAGGGUAGUGGUGGUGGUAGUGGCAGAGGCAGAGGCGGUAGCGGCAGCAGCAUUGGUGGCGGAGGUGGUGGCGGCGGAAGCGGAAGCGGAAGCGGAAGCCGUGGUGGUAGUGGAAGCGGCGGCGGCGGCGGGAAGGGUAGUGGUGGUGGUAGUGGCAGAGGCAGAGGCGGUAGCGGCAGCAGCAUUGGUGGCGGAGGUGGUGGCGGCGGAAGCGGAAGCGGAAGCGGAAGCCGUGGUGGUAGUGGAAGCGGCGGUGACAAUGGCCACGGAGGAGCUGGAAGCGGGAGCGGAGGUGGUAAAGGUAGUGGCAGCGGCGGUAGCAGUGGUGGAGGAGGCGGAGGAUGCGGAAAUGGUGGUGGCAGUGGCAAUGGCCGGGGGGGAGCUGGAAGCGGCAGCGGUGGCAUCAGCGGUGGAGGAAGCGGAAUUGGUGGUGGCAGUGGCAACGGCUGCGGAGGUGGUAAACGUGGUGGCAGUGGCGGCAGCAAUGGUGGAGGAAGCGGAAAUGGUGGUGGCAGUGGCAAUGGCCGCGGAGGUGGUAAACGUGGUGGCAGCGGCGGCAGCAAUGGUGGAGGAAGCGGAAAUGGUGGUGGCAGUGGCAAUGGCCGCGGAGGUGGUAAACGUGGUGGCAGCGGCGGCAGCAAUGGUGGAGGAAGCGGAAUUGGUGGUGGCAGUGGCAAUGGCCGCGGAGGAGCUGGAAGCGGCAGUGGUGCUGGUGGAGGUAAUGGUACUGGUGGUGGAGUUGGUAACGUAAAAGGAGGAAACAAAGGGCACGGUAAAGGAAAAGGCGGUGGCGAUGGAAAAUGUGGUAGAGGUCAUCAUGGGAAAAGAGGUGGCGUUGGCCAUCGAAAAGGCAGCAUCGGCGGUGCUGUCACUCGAGGCGGCAGUCGCGGAGCAACCAUUAACCGCUGCAGCCAAAGCUUCGUUCGAAUCGCAAACCGGAAGUAA